AUGGACGUACCUCCAUCACACGUGUCAGGUUUGUCUGGUGCUAAUUUAGCAUGACGCUUAGAAAUGCACAAAUUUCGCUCAUUGAGGGCAGAGACCGUUAAAAUAAUGCCUCUAAGAGACCUAACUGAUAGAGAUAACUUUUUGUUGCUCCCUUAAGAACUAUGCCCUCUCUCUCACACAGCCUUCGCUCGACCUGAAUGGGCGGCAGUAAUCAACCAGCACCUCGCCAACGUUUGCACAUACCUGGGCUUGGCGGUUCCGCUUUGAUAAUGUACGUAGCAAUAGCAAACUGACGUUGUUACCACAAAGGAACCGGGUUCGGAGGAAGAUUCCAGUGACUCGUUGCCUCGUUAUUUUAUGUCUGAUAGUGACUUUCGCACCACUACCUAUUGCUGCUGCUGCUGCUGCUGCUGCUGCUGCUACUGCUGCUGCUGCUGCUGCUGCUGCUGCUGCUGCUGCUGCUGCUGCUGCUGCUGCUGCUGCUGCUGCUGCUGCUGCUGCUGCUGCUGCUGCUGCUGCUGCUGCUGCUGCUGCUGCUGCUGCUGCUGCUGCUGCUGCUGCUGCUGCUGCUGCUGCUGCUGCCUUUACUAGUGGCUUCGAAGGGAGAUUCAAAACUCCGAACCCAUAA